AUGAUUCCAAUCGAAUUUAUGCUUGGCUUCUUUGUACAGGCAAUUACCACUCGAUGGCAACGCAUGGCUUAUGAAAUGGGAUUCAUUGAUGAGUUUGUUCCUACAAAUUUCUAUCCGCUUUUGCACAAAUGUUUGGUGCAAAGAUGUAUUAUGUUUUUCGAAGUGAUCAUUGUGGGGCAGCACAAACUCCUUUUAUACGUGUCAGUUCAUCUACCUACUGUCCACAUUAACGUGAAAGUGCAUUAUCGCAACUGCGCUUUAGUGCUGUCCGUUAUCAGUUACAUGCAGCGCUGCUCAAAACGUUACAGUAUGUCACUAACGGUUGCCGGUUAUAUGCGCGGCGACACAGAUUACAGUCGCAUGUUACGGCGUAACGUUGUUCGUUAUGUAUGCCUGGCGCAGGUGCUAGCGUCACGAAAUAUCAGCACAGCAGUCCGCAAACGAUUUCCAACAGUCAGCUCACUUGUCACAGCUGGUGAGCUUUUCAAAAUACCAGAAGUUCCACAUUACAUUUUUGGCUUUAUGUUGCCGCAUGAGCUUCAAAAAUUCGAGGAAAUUGGCGCCGAAAUGGGAUCACGAUUUUGGUUACCGAUCCAGUGGGCAAUUUCCGUGGUUUAUGACGCUCGUAAGGCGGGACUAAUCGAAAGUGAUUAUUUCUGUGAGAGGAUAUGCAAGAACAUCAAUAUUUAUCUUACCACCGGUAAGGAAAUGAUCAAAAUUCGUAUCACCACCAAUGCCGAAGGCAACGAUAAGGCUAAAGAAUUUUGUGAUAAACUCAAAUUCAGCAAAUUGCAGGAAAUUCGGCAAUUCCGGAGAUGCCUAGGAUCAAUGUGCAAGUUCGAUUGGGUUCCACUACCAUUAGCCUAUCCACAGUUGGUUUAUCUAGCCGUGCAUGUGUAUUUCCUAAUAAAUCUCAUUUCUAAGCAAGAAAUUAUGCUGCCAGUGACGCACAACAAUCAGCACAAAACAUACAGUAUUGCAGCGGAAGUCAGUAAGCGAAUCCUUACUGGUGUUUUACCCAACGCUAAAAUAAAAUGCCGGGCAACUACUAAAACUCGACUCUGCUUGGUCCGGACCUGCUUGGCCGGAUCGGGAGUCAGGUUUUUAUGA